AUGCAAUCAAUGACCAUAUCGGAUCAUGAACCUUUCGGAAGCCCGACUGGCGACUAUGCAUUUGCGGGCUCGUCGUUCACGUCUCCCUAUCCUCAGCAAUCAACUGCGUCUGCCUUCACCGAUUUGAAUUCACCCCGGCAGGUCGCCGAUUAUGCACUACCACAGAGCUAUAACCCUUAUUCGAUGGAUGUUGUCCCGUCAAACCUAGCUACAUCCCCAGGACAGAUUCCAUUUCCAUUGUCAGGCCCACAAUAUUACCCACCUGACGGUACCUACAAUGAGUCUGGCAGUAGUCAAAUGAUGGAUAGCUCUGUCCAUUGGGACCCUGGGCUAGUCGAUCUAUCUUCGUGCCAGCCAUCUAACCCAUAUGUCUUGGAUAAUGUAUUGGAUACAGAGGAUUGGCUGUCCCCCGUGCCACCCACGGGGUCAAGCUUUACUGGUGCAGAUUCCAGUCUAAGCUAUGACUCCGGGGCAGAGGGCGUAGUGCUGGGAUCCAGCAGCACAAAUGCUGGAAGCUCCCGCACAACCCCGAGCCAAGAAAAGCGCCCCCGGAUAGUGACGACACGCGAGGACGGCAACUAUGAGUGCACAGUGGACGGCUGUGGCAAGCUGUUCAAUCGGAGCUAUAACUAUCGAGCCCACAUGGAAACACAUGAUGCGGAUCGAGUCCAUCCGUUUAUUUGCCCAUUGCCUGAUUGCAUGAAGAGGUUUCGGCGGAAGACGGAUUUGCAGCGGCACCAUCAAUCGGUGCAUAUAAAGGAGAAGAGCCACCAGUGCGAAUACUGUGGCAGGUUCUUCUCGCGGAAGGAUACUCUUGGAAGGUAA